AACGUAAUGCAUGAAUUGUCAAAGAUAUAAUAAAAAAAGGGCAAAGCUUGGCGAGAAAGAUAAAGAGGUCACUUCCAAGAAACUUGUCCAAGAAUAUUCAACCCUGAUUUUGUCUUAUAAAUACAUAUCAUGAAACUAAAUCUAAACAUCAUAAAAAACUCUAAACAUGUCUCCCUUGGCGUCUUUCUUUGGUUGCUUCGUUCCAAAAUCCAGGGCAAAGAUUAGCUCAACCAAUGAUCGUAACUCGAAAGUCUUGUCCUUGGAGAAACCAAAAAGCAAAUCAAAAUCUCCGAGAGCUCCAGUCAUCGUGUCUUAUUUUCCCGCAGGUUCGAAUCUUUCGCGUUUGUAAGAGAAGAUAUAAGAUCAAGUGUGGGACGGGUGUUGACUUUUUCUUUUGAUGUUGACUUAUGUAAAUGUAAAGACUUUAUGCGUUUAUUUCAUUAUAUGUAAAUUGUACUGGACCAUCUAACUUCUCUAAGAGUUGCUGAAUGGCGACUAGAUAGCGGGGCGUAUUUAGACAAUAUGCGGGACAUAUCUAAACAAUUCACCAAUCAUGUAAUAAUGUCAAGAGAACUUGAGACAACUGGGCCUAUAUACCCCAUCCUUAAGGGAAUUAAGUAAAUACCCAAUUGAAAGAAAAACUAGUUCGACCCGUACGUUUUUGCGUGUCCCUUCCCCAAAAUAUCCCUACCGUAUGCAAAGUGGAGGCAAAAAGGUGAACAGGGAUCGACUCGGCGUGAUCUUCUGAAGUACAAAGAGCAGAUACGCUUCUGACAUAUAUUUACGGCCAUUAUCCGCCUGAAAUGCAAAUUGUUUUUCUUUUUUGUGCACAGUAGCAGCGGAAAACAAGGAUUGUCUAACAGAAAUCUCCUUGUAUCGUAUAAUGGCUGGAUUUAAAGGUUAUCCCCAAAUCUUUAAGGUUAUCGUUGGUGUAUUUAAUGGAGUCCUGGAGAAACAUAAAUGUGAAGCAGACCUGAUAGAGAGAGAACGAAACCUGUUAGAGUAAGAUUGUUGCAGUUGCGAAGAUUCUUUAACAGUAGUCGUUAUCCCUUGUGUUUGAGGUAACUUUUUUUGGUUUUCGUUAGUGAGCAUUAAAUUUCUUACUUGUUAGCGUGAUUGAUUGAGUAAUAUUCCGCCUGGAUUUGUUAACAUUUACUCCAUUGCUGUGAAAAUAUUUAUUGAUGGUUGAAUGAGGCUGUCAGUUUUGGUUGAGGAAUUAAUAUCUUCUAUGGAUGCAGAUCUGACUUAAUGGGGCAGUUGGUGAAGCUUGUUGUUGGUGUGUGGGAGGAAGUCGGACAACGUGGAUGGCUGUUCUUGGAAGAUCCGACAGAGCGUAAAUACGAAGUCAUGGUCCACGAGAACCAGACUUACGCAAGUGUCCUGGAUCUUGUAAGAACACGCUACAGUGUUAGCCUGGAAACCGCUGUUACUCUGACCUAUGAAUUUCCAGAGUGGAUGAAGGGACCUGGAGAUCUAUCACCUCCUCCAGUUGAUGUUAGAGAGGAUGGGGAUGUGGAGCUCUUCAUGUCGAUCAGGAUUGAGCUGCCAGCAACUAGGCUGAUGGUUACGAUCGGUAACGAUGUGGUUGCCCGCUAUCUGUUUCAGAGACGUGAUAACUACACUGUUAUCGGGUCCUCAAAGGGUGUAACCAGUGAUAACACACGAACUUACCCGCCUCGGACUGAUGUUAGCAUGUACGAGAAGACUGUUAAUGUUAAUGCAUCACGUGUCCCUGGUGAUGAUGGGUCGGGGUUCUGGGAAGGAAUGCUGGCGCAGUGCAUCGUCACGGCAAGCCAGCAAUUCCUAACUAAUGUCUGCGCAAAUGAAGAUGUAACUUUGGGGGGGAAUGCUGCAUUAGCCGAGAGGAUGCCUCCAACUGAUGGUUACAUAGACAGUAGCGACGGGACAAACUCUUCUACAGCUUCUUCGCCUCACCCAUGCGAGAAGAGGGAUGAGCUAUUCGAAAGUGGGAUAAUCCGUUUGGCAGAGGAACUGCCUGUGGCGCCUGCAGUGGCAAACAAGGUGUUAGCCAUUGUUGAGGCCGAACCUGGGAGAAAGUCAUAUUCCAUACUUGAAUACAUUACGAAGGGGAAAGAGAAACUGUGCAAUGAAAGCGAAGAAAAGAAGAAGCGAAGCUACAAUAGCGGACCGCGUAGUCCGUUAAUGUCUAACCCAAACUUUCCUGAUCCUAUUCCAGAUGCAGACACGACAGAUGAAGAUUCGGAAGAGGAAGCAGAGAAGCAUCUUUUUGUUGGGCAGGUUUUCAUGGACCGUACGGCUUUCAAGACUCACAUGUCUCUCUACGCUUUGGCGAACAAGUUCUGGUACUUGUGUCGUAGGUCUGAGCCUGGUAAAAUGGUGCUGAUAUGUCGGGGGAGUGAGUGUAAGUGGAGAGUGUAUGCCUCUAAGCUUUCGGGGUGUCCUCAGUUCCAAAUAAAGAAACUGGAUGAGGGACAUACUUGCACUGUUGAUGAGCGUGGUGAUUUCAAGAGGCAUGCGACUUCAAACCUAAUUGGAGAAAUGGUGAGGAACAAGUUUGGCAGUGGUGGUACUGGUCCAAGGCCAGGUGCACUUAGAGAGUUCAUGCGAACUGACCAUCACGUACCUAUAUCCUACUGGAAGGCCUGGAUAUCGAGAGAGCUAGCCAAGGAGCGUGGACUUGGAAAUACAGCGGAUUCUUACAGAAUGUUGCCUGCCUACUUGUCGCAGCUGGCAGUGGCAAACCCGGGUUCAGUGGUAGCCAUCGAAACAGCUCCUUCAGAAGAGGAUCUCAAGCGCUUCAAAUAUCUUUUCCUCUCUUUUGGUGCUUCUGCUAAGGGGUAUCGUUACAUGCGAAAGGUCAUUGUUGUUGAUGGGACACACCUUAAGGGGAAAUACAAUGGAUGCCUUCUGAGUGCGAGUGCACAAGAUGCCAAUUAUCAGAUCUUUUCCAUAGCUUUUGCUAUAGUCGAUGGAGAAAAUGACCAGUCGUGGGGCUGGUUCUUCCAGAAACUAUCAUCCAUUUUAUCUGAUGGUUACGAUCUCGUUUUCGUCUCGGAUAGGCACCAGUCUAUAUAUGCUGGUCUCCACAAGGUAAAUACACAUUUUGAGGAUCUACAUAUGAAAAUGUUUUUCUUUUCGGAAUACGAACGAAGAUAACAACUAAUUAUCACAAAACCAUGUUCCCUUUUUAUUGGGUCGUAAGGAAUAAGUUAGGAUGUAUGUGUGAUGGUUAACUGUCAUGUCAAGUUG